AAGCUUGUGACUCCUCUGAAACAUGAGCACAGUGGCACACACUGUAACCUCACACGACAAGCUGACUCCUCCCAUUACAACCUCAUACAGAGACAAUAGUGGGAGGCACAAGCAAACGCCAUACUCUCUCCAGUCUGUCUUUUACCUUAACUGUAAAAGAUGGCAGAGGAAGAAGCUGGUAUUUUUGUUAACCAGGAGCAGUUCAGCUGUCCCAUCUGUAUGGACCUUCUGCGGGACCCCGUGACCAUUCCUUGUGGACACAACUACUGUUUGGAGUGCAUUAAGAGCUACUGGGAGCAGAAGAACCAGAAGAAGUUGUGCAGCUGUCCAGAGUGCAGACAGACCUUCUCCCCGAGACCUGCGCUCAACAAAAACACACUGUUUGCUGAAGUUGUUGAGAAACUGAGACAGACUGGAAUGCGUUCCCCCACCAUCCCUGGAGCGGAGAAUGAUGAAGUCAUUGCAAAAGAAAAGCAGGACCUCAUCAUGUUCUGUCAGCAAGAGCUUAAGCAGUCACAGAGGAGAUGCCAGCAGGUCAUAAAGGAGCGUGAGACGGAACUACAGGAUCUGAGUCACGCCGUCCUCUCUCUCAGGAGCUCUGCCCAGGCGGAAGUGGAGGAUACGGAGAAGAUCUUCAGUGAGCUGAUUCAGUCCAUUGAGGCACUGUGUUUUGAGGUGACAGAGAUGAUAAAAGCAAAGGAGCAGAUGGAAUUAGACGAGGCACAUGGAUUUAUGGAGAAACUAGAGCAGGAGAUCGCAGAGUUCAAGAGGAGAGAUGCUGAAUACGACACGCUUGCACACCUUGAUGAUGAAACUCAGUUCCUGAAGAGCUACGAAGCACUGUGUAGUCAGCCGGAGUUGGUGACCUCUCCUGCAGUUCUAGUCAAUCCGGACUUCUCUUUUGAGAUGGUGUCAAGAAAACUCACAUAUCUGUGUGAGGACAUUAAAGAUCUGUGCCAGAAGAAAUUGGAGAAAUUGUCAAAAAAAGUGACAAACCUGAAGUUUAUUCCUACCCCUGAACCUAAAAUCAGAGAGCAGUUUUUGGAAUAUUCGGGUCCCCUGACUCUCGACGUGAACACGGCUCACAGAAACCUCAGCAUUUCCUCAGAGACUGGCGAGGUGACGUGCAGCAAAACCUCUCUCUCCGUUCCUGACCACCCAGAGAGGUUUGACAGCUAUUACCAGGUCCUGUGCAGGGAGAGCGUGUCCGGCCGAUGUUACUUCGAGGCAGAGUGGAGCGGGAAGGGUCCCGUGCACAUUGCAGUGUCCUAUGAA